AUGUGGCUAUUUGUAGGUGGCGUUCGCUGUCUUACCAUCCUAAAUGUUAUUUUCGCCAUCAUAUUUGGCCUCUUGGCACUAUUUCUUGGUUCAAGUCUUCUCACCUUGGGUGGCAGCUGCUCUGUGCCCCUGUUUUGGUGCUAUGAGAUCUCAUCAUGGGGUCUAGUUAUUCUCUAUGGAGGAACUGCCUUUUUCUUAAGACGAAAAGCAGCUACAAUUCUCGGCGAGGGAGACCUCGGUGGAAGAAACCUCGGCCUGGAAAUGUUGGUAGCAAAUCCUUUGGAAAUCUCCCCGGAUGUCGAAAGGCGUGUCAAUGAAGGAUUCAAAGCUUGGAUGGGAUCUUCUCUCUUAUCCUCUGAUGAAGAAGAUGAACCCGAUAGCUACGAUGAAGUAGCAUCCCAUAUGAACCAUGCUAACUCAAACAGGCACAUUGUGUGA